AUGAACCCUCCACCUCCGCCGCAACAGCCUGGGCCGCUCUUGCCUAACACAGCACUCUUUCGAGCGACGCUGCCGCGACCUCUCACUUGGCAAGUACCAGCCGACUUGACCAACCGCAUUCCACUCAUGCACUCCAUCGAAGGACUUCUCGCGUCGUCGUCGUCUCCGCUGCCCACAGUUGGAACUGCACUUGCUGGACUUGCACGUAAACUUGAAACGUACCUCUACAUUGAAUCGGCGUCGUUUGCCGAAUACGCCAACUUGCAAAGCCUUCCGCGCCGCGUCCAAGCUCUGACAGCGGCCAUCGUGAAUCGAAACAUUAGAAAACGAGCGAGACCCGCCGAUUCGUCUCAAUCUGUUCCACCAGGGCCUCCUGCUCCUACCCUCUUUCUACCAACCCAACCAGUCGCUGUUGUUACUGCGAACGCUGCGACUCAUGGAAGCCAUACGUCUUCUUCCCUUUCAACACUCUUUUCAUUCACAGGUGGCGAUAUCUGGCACACGCUUGUGUGGGAGUACGUCGGCGGCCUGGACACCCUUCGCUGCCGCGGCAUCAAUCGAACUGCCGCCCAGCUCGCUCCGACGUUUGUAAAAUCCCUCCACUUGAGCUGCAACACUGCUCGCGCGCUUCUUUCCACGGGCCAUGUAGCCCUCUCCCAUUGUGUGAACCUCGAGGAACUCGAGAUCUACUCGCUUGCCGCCGGCAUCACGUUCGGUCGACGGUCCAUGUUUGCCCGGCACUGCUCGCAGCGCUUCGUUGUCACCCAUGACGACCACGAACAGAUUGUGGGGUUGCUGGCUCGACAUUUGCUUCGACGAAAAUGGUCAAAUCUGCGGCGGCUAUCGAUUGUGUGUCUCUUCACGAACGACCAAGCGAAUGGCGAGGCGGACGUUCUGCUCCACUGCCUCAAGCAAGGCGUAUGCCCUGCACUCACCGAGCUGUCGUUGCCAGGGAACAGUUUUGGCGACUACGGUGCGAUUCGCGUGGCCGAGUUGCUGCAAUCGAUGGAGUGUCCGCGGCUGUCGUUGCUCGACUUGCGACGUAACUUCAUAGGCGAGCGAGGCAUCCAAGCACUGGCACGAAGCCUGACCCAAGGAUCGUGCACAGCAUUAAGCGAACUAUGUCUGGGUGGCAACAUGCUGACGGAUUCAAGUCUAGCGCACUUGCUCGUGUCGAUGGAAAGCCGCCAGGUGCCGGUGCUCACGUUCCUCGGGCUCGAAAUGAACUACCUCACGGCCCACGGCAUCCAACAGCUCGGGACAAGUGUGGGCAAACUCGGAUGUCCCCGACUCACUCAGAUCUCCUUUGGGGAAAACAGCGUCGAUGACGAUGACGCCAAGAAGAUCUUGAACCAAGCGAUCCUCAUUCAGCGGGUCAAACAGAAGCGCGCUGCUGCUGCCCAUGAAGUCAUGCAGCGGCGACUUGUCAUUUAA